ACAGACAACAUGCAGACAACCUGCAGACAACAUGCAGACAACCUGCCCAGACCAGAGUCGUCAGUGUAUCAGAAUGCUCGGGCGAGACAGGACAUCUCACGGGUUUCCAGGGAGGAGCUGGAGGACCGCUUCCUGCGCCUCCACGAGGAGACUCUGCUCCUCAAACAGACGAUCCAUCAACAGGACGACAAGAUCAAGAAGCUGGGCACUAAGCUGAUGAGGUUUGGUGAGGACCGGCGUCGUAUGGAGCAACUGGCGGCGGGGUGGAGGUCCAGCCUGUGUCCCCGUGUUUCGUGA